GGCUGUUGCGGGGGGGGUCUUGCACGAGCGGGUGCUGGUGCGCCUCACAGUAUCUAUGCAGUCAAUGGAAAUCUUGGUAUGCUCGCUGCUGCAUCCGCGACAUGUUGCUCAGUAGCCAAGUCCAAUUCCCCAAGCCCCGGCGGAGGGUAUCGGCAGAGCACGUGGAUGACAGCAAACGUCAGUCGUUCGAUUGGGCGAAGUCGAGCGAGGUGUGGCGGAAACAGACCAAAGGCCGCGGGCCAGGGUGUGAAAUGCAACCUUAUCGAUAGGUGCGCGGUUACGUGACUGCGAAAUAGUUGG